GAGAAGAGAGGAGGACAGUGAGGAUUAACUGACAAAUAUGAAAUGAAGCAGAUGAACACAGGUCACAACAGGGACUGAAUGACAGGAGCAGCGUGAAGAUUAGGACCACAUUUAGAAUCAGGAGUCAGCUUCUUGACAUUCAAACAGAUUUACCACGACACUCAACAAAAGGCACCUGUUGGUGGUUGGACGGGAGUUGGCAUUUUUUUCUCUCUGACUCAGGAAGACCCGAGUUGUCGCCUUUUGACUCGCACUGCCAUCAGCCAUGGGCUCCUUGAUAUGGGCCUGCAUCACUGACUUCUUCACCUACGAGACCACCAAGUCUGUGGUGGUCAAGAGCUGGUCUGUGGGCAUCAUCAACCGGAUCGUGCAGCUGCUCAUCAUCACAUGUUUUGUCGGCUGGGUCUUCAUCUACAAGAAAGCUUAUCAGGUGAAUGACACCGGCGUCGAGUCCUCUGUGAUGACCAAAGUAAAAGGCUUUGGUUACCAUAACAACCGUGUGCUGGAUGUGGCCGACUACGUCUUCCCGCAACAGGGUGCAGGUGUGUUCUGCAUCAUGACCAAAAUCAUCAUCACUGAAAAUCAGUUCCAAGGAAAAUGUGCAGAGAAUAUAGAGAUGUUCAGUUGUGAGACAGAUGAAGAAUGCCACAAGCAUUUUGGUUCCGUCCUUGCCAAUGGAGUAAUAACAGGUGUUUGCCUGAAGUCCUUCAAUCAAACCAAGGGUCAAUGUGAGAUUGAAGGAUGGUGUCCAGCUGAGAACGACAAAGUGACAGUCAAACCGAUGCUGAAUGUGAAAAACUUCACCAUUUUCAUCAAAAACAGUAUUCGCUUUCCACUCUUCAAUGUCACCAGAGGGAACUUUCCCUCCUCAAUGAAUGCGUCACAGAUCAAGAGGUGUACCUACCAUCCGGAGACGAACCCCUUCUGCCCCAUCUUUCGGGUGGGGGACGUGCUGAGAUACACCGGGCAGACUGUGGAAAACCUGGCACACAAGGGUGGAGAAAUAGGAAUAAACAUUCAAUGGAUUUGUAACUUGGACCUGGACAUUAAGAAUUGUGUGCCUCAGUACUCUUUCACGCGGCUGGAUGCACCGUUUGCCAAGAAUGCUGUCUCUAAAGGAUACAACUUCAGAUUUGCCAAAUAUUUCAAGACAGAGAACGGGACUGAAUUUCGGACACUUCACAAAGCUUAUGCAAUCCGCUUUGAUGUUAUGGUCACGGGCAAUGCAGGAAAGUUUGAUACUAUCCCAACACUGAUCAACUUGGUAGCUGCCUUCACCUCUAUUGGACUGGGUACGGUUCUCUGUGACGUUAUCUUACUGAACUUCUUGAAAGGAGCAGAGCAGUACAAAGCCAAGAAAUUUGAAGAGGUGUCAGAGGCUCAGAUAGAAGCACCCCUCACUCAGAGCCCAGGGAGCCAGCUGUCACUCAGGCCAGGUAUCAAGAGCUCAUAUGACUCUGGGGCCCUUUCCCUCGCUACUUCUGACCAACCUAUCUGACUGACAACAACAACAACAACAACAACAACAACAACAACAACAACAACAACAAUAAUCUGAAGAGAUGGACAUUUCUCUUUCUCCCUCUGUCCCUUUACCUUAUCGCCUCCCAAGAGAUUCAUUAUGCCUUUUCUGGAUGUCAGGAUCCUGCUGUAAGUUUUAGUUUGGCAAGUUUAUGGAAUUGAAUAAAUAUGGACAACCUUGCUGCCAGCUUCACAAUUUCACAGCUCAAAGUGGGAGUCAGAAGAAAAGAACUUUGGCCUUGUAGCCCAUGACAGUGACUGGCACACUGGAGCCUUUUGGUUAGCAACACUGAAGCAAAGUUCCCCCCAAGAAAGAUUUAUGGUGAAAUUCAGUGAAUGGCGAAUGAAGCUUUGUUAAAACUACAGUCAUUAAACUCAGAGGGAAACACACAGUAAUAAAAAUGGUAUUUUAUUAUAAUCUAUUUCAUUGUACAGCAUUUUACUACAAUAAACUGUAACCUCCUGUUAAUGCUAAUGAAGCAAAUUAUUGUUAAACUGAAUAAAUCUCAUCUAAUUUCCAGUUAUCUUUGCUCAGAUGAGCCAGAAAUCUAAAAACAAUAUGAAAAUCAAUAUGUAAUUAAGAAAAACCACUGCUGAGAAUAAAACUAUUUGCAUUUUU